GUCAGGAUCAGCCGCGAUGUACCGACCUGAGUAUGGGACAAGCGCGGGAACUGAGGUCAGACUAAGAGGUCCAUAUAACGCCACGCCCCUCCACAACUACCUGGCGGGGGACGGAAAGUCUCACGUGUACAGAGGCCCCGCCUACUACGUCCCGUCAGAGAACCGCUGGAUAAAAUUCCAUGAAUAUCGCUCACUCCCCCGAGAAACAAAGAGGGACGCUAUCCUAAUGGAGUCUGAAGAGCAAUGGGUAGCGUACCAAAGACAGAGGGACAGGGAAACCCAGCCCGGGGGAAUCACUAUGUCUGGUAAACCGGAAGCUUUUACGGGAGUUCCGGUCCCCACACUACUUCCGUGGCGCGAAAAUGCCUGGACCAAGAAGUGGUCGGGUUCUGGGUACUUCCUGCCAGCGGGAAACAAAUGGUUUCACGAUCAAGACUCGCCAGCUAUUCCGCGGGAAUCUCUGAUGUUUUAUAACGAGGAGGACUGGAUUAAAUUUAAAUACAUGACAGAGAACCAAUCACUAUCAACUCAGUGAUCACGUGAUCUCAAUCUUAAUGUACCUAUGGAUACAAGGGGAGAAAGCGAUCUAAGUUACAUGUAAUAAUAUUUUAAGUAACUUAAAAAGGAUUGUUGAUGUUGACAAACUUAAAAAAGAAAUU